CAAUUAUUUAUUAAAUGACGGCUGUCAUGGGGUCCACUGCUACUGAGCUUGAGGAAUAUGGCAGCACCUCUUUAAAGUAUCUGAUAGGAGAACAGACUGAAAAAAUGUGGCAACGGCUGAAAGGAAUACUAAGAUGCCUGGUAAAGCAGCUGGAGAAAGGUGACGUCAAUGUAGUGGACUUAAAGAAGAAUAUUGAAUAUGCGGCGUCAGUGUUGGAAGCAGUUUAUAUCGAUGAGACGAGGAAACUCUUGGACACCGAAGAUGAGCUUUCCGAUAUCCAGUCCGAUUCAGUCCCGCUGGAAGUCCGAGACUGGCUGGCCUCAACGUUCACAAGGAAAAUGGGAAUGGCGAAAAAGAAAACUGAGGAGAAGCCAAAGUUCCGAAGCAUCGUGCAUGCCGUGCAGGCGGGGAUUUUUGUGGAAAGGAUGUACCGAAGAACUUCCAACAUGGCCGGCUUGGCCUACCCAGCAGCUGUGAUAGUCACGUUGAAGGACGUUGACAAAUGGUCUUUCAACGUGUUUGCCCUUAAUGAUGCAAGCGGGGAACACAGCCUGAAAUUCAUGAUGUAUGAACUCUUCACCAGAUAUGACCUUAUUAGCCGUUUCAAGAUUCCUGUGUCCUGCCUAAUUUCAUUUGCAGAAGCUCUGGAAGUUGGCUACAGCAAGUUCAAAAAUCCAUACCACAACCUGGUCCACGCGGCGGAUGUCACCCAGACCGUCCAUUACAUCUUGCUUCACACAGGUCUAAUGCACUGGCUCUCCGAACUGGAAAUUUUAGCCAUGGUCUUUGCAGCUGCUAUCCAUGAUUAUGAGCACACGGGAACUACGAACAACUUUCAUAUCCAGACCCGAUCGGACGUUGCAAUUUUGUACAAUGAUCGUUCUGUUCUUGAGAAUCACCACGUAAGCGCCGCAUACCGACUCAUGCAAGAAGAGGAUAUGAAUAUCCUGACGAAUUUAUCGAAAGAUGAUUGGAGGGAGCUCCGGGGUCUGGUCGUUGAAAUGGUCUUAUCUACAGAUAUGUCUGGCCAUUUCCAUCAGAUAAAAACCAUGAGGAACACCUUGCAACAACCAGAGGGGGUAGACAAGGGCAAAGCCAUGUCUUUGGUUCUCCAUGCAGCGGAUAUAAGCCAUCCAGCAAAAUCCUGGGAUCUGCAUCACAAGUGGACCAUGGCCUUGAUGGAAGAAUUCUUUCUACAGGGAGAUAAGGAGGCUGAGUUAGGACUCCCAUUUUCUCCUCUUUGUGAUCGCAAGUCUACAAUGGUGGCUCAAUCGCAAAUAGGUUUCAUUGACUUCAUAGUGGAGCCAACGUUUUCUCUUCUGACCGACUCGACAGAGAGAAUCGUUGUUCCUCUCAUAGAGGAAUCCUGCAGGUCAGAAAGUUCUUUGGGAUCCCACAGUGAUGGAGGGUUAACUGUCACCGACGCCCAGAAAAAAACAAGUGGAAAACUCACUUCCAACGAAGGCCCAUCUUCCUCCAACUAUUCCCUUGCAUCUGUGGACCUGAAGGGCUUUAAGAACAACUUGGUGGAUAUCAUUCAGCAGAAUAAAGAGCGAUGGAAAGAGUUGGCCCUGCAAGGGAAAGCAAAACCGCAUUAACUUCUCAACUUUCAGUGAAGCUCAAUUGCCAUCGUCAACCUUUCCCUGGACCACGUCAUUUCAUAGACCAACAUGAGAGAAAAUAAAGAUGAGAAAACGCAAAAUCCUGAGCUGGUAACUCAGGCCGCUUAACUACUCUUCAAGUUGCAGUCGUGCUUGAUCGUUGCUCUCGUGUUAUCGUUGUUAGAGUUUUAAGUUCUUCUUUCAAGCCAGAGUACCUUCUAAACUAAACGUUGGGCAGAUGACUUUUAAUUCAUUAAACCACGCCAUAGCCCAACAGAUGGUGAGAAAGAUAUAUGAAGAGCAGAGGCCCUUAGUAACUUAUCUACUUGCCCAGUUUUGUAACCAUUGCUGGAGCUCAUAAGCUCUUCUAAACCUGAAGAAGUAAAACUCAAAUGAAGUUUUCACCAAAAAAAAAAAAAAAAAAAAGAUUUCAGCUGCCAUGGAGUUGCUGGUGUUUUCUGGGCGUUUGAAGAGAAAAUGAAUGUUUGGAGUGCUGAGGCAAUGGGUGCAUUGUUGUGAUGGAGCUGCACAUAGAAAGAAACCUGAUGUGUGUAUAUCAAGAGAGCUGUGUAACCGCCAGAGGAAUCUUUCUCUGAACCAAAAGGCAAUGCCCAGUGAUAAUUAUGGAGAUUCUCACCUAACAGCCCUUAUUAAGCUUCCAGCUGUAUGGGGCACUGAGCCAGGUUUUCCAAAGCACGCUGGGCAGACAGGAUUCCUGGCCCCUUCCAGUUUGUCUGGAAGACCUAAGCAUGCACUACACAUCGGUUACAGACUCCGGUUCUACUCUUGGAGGAAUCAAAGCCAGGCAGAACUGAGGUAAUAUCCAUCAUCGGCCAUCAGAGAAACUACAGCACCAAAGGAACGGAUAUUCGGAUCAAAU